AUGUCUCGCCCAACUGGUCCUAUGAUUCAACCUCAAAUAAUCUUGCUUAAAGAAGGCGAAGUUACCAUUUCGAAUGAUGGCGCCACAAUUAUGAAACUUCUCGAUAUUGUUCACCCUGCUGCAAAGACUCUAGUGGAUAUCGCAAGAUCACAGGAUGCAGAAGUCGGGGAUGGUACAACUAGCGUGGUUUUGCUUGCCGGUGAAUUAUUAAAGGAAGUCAAAGGCUACAUCGAAGAAGGUGUCAGUCCGCAUGUGAUAAUUAAAGGUUACAGAAAAGCUGCGCAAUUGGCAAUUAAUAAAGUGAAAGAAAUAGCUGUCAAAGUUGAACGAACAAACGAAGCAGAAUUUCGGGAAUUGCUUCUGAAGUGCGCUGGAACCGCAAUGUCGUCGAAAUUAAUUCAUUCACAUGAAGAAUUUUUCACAAAGAUGGUUGUUGACGCGGUUUCAUGUUUGGAUCAAGAAGAAUUAAAUGAGAAAUUAAUAGGAAUUAAAAGAGUUCCGGGCGGAGCUAUGGAAGAUUCGCUUCUUAUAAAGGGUGUAGCCUUCAAAAAGACCUUUUCAUAUGCUGGAUUUGAACAACAGCCAAAGCAUUUCAAGAAUCCCAAAAUUUUGGCUUUAAAUGUCGAAUUAGAGUUAAAAGCUGAAAAAGAAAAUGCUGAAGUCCGUGUUGAAGAUGUUAAUGAAUAUCAAGCCAUUGUAGACGCAGAAUGGUCCAUUAUAUACGCAAAACUUGAAGCUAUUGUUAAAACAGGAGCAGAGAUUGUUCUUUCCAAGCUCCCAAUAGGCGAUCUAGCAACUCAAUACUUUGCUGAUCGUGACAUAUUUUGUGCUGGUCGAGUGACAGGAGAUGAUCUAAAUCGUGUGGUACUUGCUGUUGGCGGUUCAAUUCAGUCAACAUGUUCUGAUAUCGAAGAGCGUCAUUUGGGAAAAUGCGAAACUUUUGAAGAAAAGCAAAUCGGUGGAGAAAGAUUUAAUAUAUUUGAAGGAUGCGUUGCGGCCAAAACAUGUACAUUAAUUCUUCGUGGAGGUGCUGAGCAGUUUAUAGCCGAAGUGGAGAGAAGUUUACAUGACGCAAUUAUGAUAGUAAAGAGAGCAAUCAAAAAUACGUUGGUUGUUGCUGGUGGUGGGGCGACCGAGAUGGAAUUGUCAAAAUAUCUUCGUGAACAAUCACGCACUAUUGAAGGAAAACAACAAUUAAUCAUUGGGGCGUUUGGUCGUGCUCUAGAGGUUAUUCCACGUCAAUUGUGCGAUAACGCCGGUUUUGAUGCUACAGAUAUUCUCAAUAAGCUCAGAAUGGAACAUGCUCGAGAAGGUGCUACCUGGUUCGGGGUUGAUAUCAACGCGGAAUCGAUUGCCAAUAAUUAUGAAGCUUUCAUUUGGGAGCCAGCAUUGGUAAAGACUAAUGCUAUUUCUGCUGCGACCGAAGCAGCUUGUUUGAUUUUGAGUGUCGAUGAGACUGUGAAAAAUCCACAAUCUGAAAAGCCACAAUCUGGUCCUCCUAUGCCUAGAGGCGCAGCACAAAGAGGAUUAAGAGGUCGAGGUCGGGGAAUUCCUCGACGAUAA